AUGUCUUCGACCUGCCAUGGCAUGCAUAAUAGUGAGAUUGAGUAUAUCAAAGCCGAUCUUGCAUGUGGUGUUACCAAUUCCACCCACCCCUACGUGAACUGCUGCGUCAAUGGCGACUACUGCUUGAGCAAUUCCAUCUGCGUUAACACCCGAUCAAAAAAAGGAGAUUAUUAUUAUGCGGCCGAUUGCACCGACGAGACGCUGGAAGAUGCCGCCUGCGGGACGCGAUGUGGAGGUCGCAAUAAUGCCGAGAUUGUCUACACAUCCGAAGGAUACUGGGCAUGCUGUGAAAAUGACUCCGGGACGGUGAAUUGCUCCAAUCCGUCCAAGGAGAUCUGGGCCGCUCCCGCCCCAUCGCAGCUUGCGACAAUCCAAUAUCUUCCGCCCACGGCAUCGGGUACGCCAACUUAUGCGGUUGCAACCUCCACCUCCACUUCGUCGUCAACCACCACCUCAUCUACCUCUACAUCGUCCGCUACCGCUAGUUCAUCCUCAGGUGGCUCUUCGGGCAUCAGUGCUGGGGCGGCAGCCGGGAUUGGUGUGGGGGCUGCAGCUGGAUUUGUCCUAGUCGCGGUCAUGUUAGCGCUUCUAUACUUCCGCCGGCGGACUGCGUCGAAUGUCCUUCCCCAAGGGGCGGCUGGAUAUAAUGGUCUCGACGAGACGUGGUCGCAAAAGCAGCCUGCGCAGGCUGAGCCCAUAUAUGAACUGGACCGGUCAGCGCAGCAUGCCGAACUGGAUGGACUGCCCAGAUCGUAG